GCCCGUAGGAAGGGUAAGAGGUAUCCUCGGCCUUGAAGCUUUACCAGCCAAUCCCAAGCCUGUAUUUGCAGACACAGGCCACGGGAUUGGCUAAACGUUCUCCACGAUACCAACCAACCUCCCAAGUGCUUCCGGUUGGGACAACAGACAGAUUUCCCAAAAACCAGAGAAUCGACCAAGCACUCGUGUUUACGUCGAUGCACUAACAGUCAAACAACGUGAAAACACUGCAAGUGGUUACCGACGCGCGAUAAACGAACCACUCGACGAAUUUACAUCAUUUUUUCUGCACGAAACUCUCCGAUACUCCUCUGUCCUGUCGUCACCUAUGCAGCACAGGGAACCGAUUUUUUUUAUCGAUCAGCGAGCGUCUACGUUGCAAUUCGGCCCGAAUUGGUCCACCAACGUGCAUUUCUGUGAAAUACUGUCGACCUUUAGUCUAUGGUACUGGGAUUACAUCUGGCUGCGAUACAAUACACUGGACCAGCCAAUUAUUUUUUUCUUUCUUAUCUUAAUUUCUAAAACACACCAAUGCUUAAGCUCUUCAAGCUUCGAUCCUGGUUUUUCUGCUUGACGAACCCUCAGACAAUUACUCAUAAAAUUCAGGGCGAGUAUUUGUGCUUAGGGUGAAUGACUCCCUAAUGCACGAAUUCCGUAAGCACCACCUCCCGCUGUAUAACCCCUCCCAUAUAGCGCUUUGUAUUCAUCGCUACUUAUUGUUCGCUGUCAUUUUAAAUUACAACGAUCCGACUCUUCGUUAAGUUUUUCGAUCGAGAGAAUCCAACGGUCAAACGUGUAACUUCAUUUCAUUCUCGUGGCUCGCUAAAACUUUUCAAAAACAAUCAACGCUAUCGUCUGGCACUUUGCAAAGUAAACGGAGCGAGGAUGCUGCCGAAUGAAAUUAAUGAUCUUUCUUUCCAAUUUAGUUCGGAUACGAUCGCUAUAGAACUUGUUUCUAUUCCAUCAUACACAACUAUACCUCGGUAAUUCUUUUCGAACGUACAAGAUGGUGAGGUACGUUUCGUUCAUCUAGUAUACCAUACAAGAUCGACCGUUCCAAGGUAACAGGUCCUUAACCCAUGGAACGACGAUCUCGUUGAAAAUCUUUCGUUAGGAGUAAGAUUCGAAUCUGUUUCGUGAUGUUUGAUUAUCGCGUUCAAUGGCAGAGACCUACGCUCAUUUAUGCGAGCGUGUGCUGGAGGAAGAAAUUAUUCAGCUGGUAACGACAGAGACUGUACCGAGUCCGCGCUACACUUCUGAGAAAAUAAACUCUCCCGCGCUUCCUUCGUUGGCCGUAGGUUCGCGCAGCCACCUCGUGAAUUCUGUUCCUCGAAGAUCGAGUUGAUUCGAAUAGCCAUGCUUCCCCCUGGGGACCCGUAAGGGGACGAGGCGAGCCUCUCGACUGCGCAAUUCGCGUUGCAGGGAGAGGGAGAGAGAGAAAAGAUGAAAAAAAGAAAAAAAAGAAAACGUAGAGACGAUAAAAAGGUAAAAAGGAACGAGGCGAACGGGAUAUCGAAUUUUUUUGCGGCCCCUCCUCGCUUUGCGCCUAUAUUGAUUUUUAGAAAUUCCUCGCGAGACGGCCGAACGAAUGUAUAUAACGAACGAACAUAGUAAAACGGAUCGUAAGAGAGAAGAGAAAGAAACGAAUUAAAACGAAACGAAACGAAGUGGACCGGAAAGAAACACACGGGUCUCGAGUCAUCGCGUCGUAGGGCGGGUGUUAGGCGCCGUUACAUAAAACCUUUUAAUCGACUAACGUUUCGUAUAAACGGCGAGGAGAACCAAACUCGGUUAUUAAACCGUAGAGAAUCGCGUAAUUUUUUUUUCCACGAAACUUUUGAACCCAAUCGUCCUUAUAAGAGGUCUCUUCUGGUUGGUUUCAAAUCAAACCGGAACACUUUUCUGUCUUUUUGUAAGGUGACGAUGCGAAUAUUCGUUGCGUGAUUUUAUUAACGGAUGUCCCGUUUUUCAUAAGUUCCUUUACUGAUUCAUUGUGUACGAUAUGAAUCCAGUCGUAUUUUGAUACGUUGAAUACAUUGUCUAUUGCAAAAUCCUGUGUGUAUUUAAGAUACUUGUUUUCGAACGGUAGGGAACAAUUGAAAAACAUGUUGCCCCUUAAUUUGAAACAAUGAAAGUAGAGAUAAUAGGAAAUCGUGUAAACUAUAUUAUCGAUGCAGUAGUUCAUUUUCUGUGUUUACAUAUGUCAAUAUUCGAUAAAAACACAAGGCAAGAAUCUUAACGUGUAUCGUGGUAUUUUAAAGGAAGCGUUGAGAAUUUUAUCGAAUAAAAGACGUGAAAUAAUAUCAAAGAGGGUGCUGUGAGCGUAUUUAAAGGUAUUAGCAAGAUUUGUAAGAGUGUGUUUACAGCAUUUGUUUCUAACAGCGGGAAAAUUCCCACCCGCAUUAGACAUAAUACGAGACGGUCCUGCUUAUAGUCGAAAGCAAUCGAAGGUAGUCGAAGUCAUCCGAGGACAGUGGAAAAUAGUGGGAUGUUCCCCCUCCUUCGCUUCUAACCAUCCCUCAGUCCCCCCCACCACUGGUCGUAUCCCUUCUUUUACUCUCGACUCUCGGUAGUCUCGCUCUAGUGCUCUCUCUCCUUGUUUAACUCGUGUACGUUGACGGUUUUCUCAGUCGCUUCCUCCUCCCUCUCUGUCUUGCUGUGACUGGCUGUCUCCGUCUCUCAUCCUUUCCGUCUUUGUCCGUCUCUGUUUCUCUUUCUUGCUCGUUCAGCUCGUUCUUAACGUCAAACCACUUAGGGCCGCGGACCUCGGCAGUCAGUCGAUCUUUCCUAGCAGCAGCAUUCCGGCAUUUUCCACCUGAUCGCGCGCGGGCGGUCCGGCAAACGCCAUUUUGUUCGUCACGUCUCUUCGUCACGUCUCCUCGUUAGAGAGGAUCCUCGUGCGUAAAACGUUUGUAUGUGCCGCGCACCCUUCCACGCCCCGUGGGACACCUGCGUUAUCAAAAACAACAAACGAACGCGACGCACUUUGUAACACACGCGCGUUGUUGUGUGGUGCUGGUGGUUUACUUCGAUCGUUCCGUGUCAGGCAACAAGGAAAGGGACACAUAGCAAACGAGAAAGGACGCCGGGUAUUGUUUUUCCGUUGACGAGACCCGCACGGAACGGAGUGCGUGACCCCGCGUGGUGUUCUCUUCUUCGGUGCACGUUCUUCUUCGUUCUUCCUUCGACCACUGUAAGAACGACGCAGGAAAACAACACACGAGAAACGGAAAAGUAAGCAAACGGACGCACCCGUUAAGGGAAGAGUAAUUCAGUCGCGGUUUCGAGCUGAUUCACGCGUAAAUGCUUGGAAUAUCUUGGAAGUGAAGAGGGUUCAUUCGUUGGAACGAGGGCCCGGGUCGGUUUGACAUCGAGAACGAGCACGGCAACAGGCUUCGCAACCACCGUCACGUGAGGCGGGCGGGCGUGCGGAAGGAAGGAAGGAAGGAAGGAAGGAAGGAAGGAAGAAGGCGAUUAGGGAUCAGGUUUGAAGCAGAGGGUACGGAUCUUGUGGCUGUGCCAGGUCCGCGCAUGCUUCAGCAACGAGGCAGUUCAGUAACGACACCACCCGCGACGUCAUCGUCCAACAUGUUUCCCCAACAGUAUUGUCUACGAUGGAAGUACCAUCACAGCAACCUACAGACCAUGUUCUCACAGCUGCUCGAGCGGCAGGCUUAUUGCGACGUCACCCUGGCCUGCGAGGGCAAGACUCUCCGAGCGCACAAGGUGGUUCUGUCGGCGUGCAGCACAUACUUUGACACAAUUCUGUCUCAGUACGAGGAGAAGGACCCGAUCGUCAUCAUGAGGGACGUGAAAUUCUCGGAUAUCAAAGUUCUGGUCGAGUUCAUGUACAAAGGAGAGAUCAACAUCGAUCACACGAGAUUGUCGUCUCUGUUGAAAACCGCGGAGGAUCUGCACAUCAAGGGUCUGGCAGAGGUGAGCUGGCGUAGCGAUUCCACGCAGAACGAAAUGAGCAACAGCGGUCACAGUCCCGGCGCGGCAACGCCAGGCGUCGAGACGGUCCUCAGGGAAGGAGACGCCGACGAGCCUCCACCCCCAAAACAGAGACGCAGAGGUCGUCCGCCUCUGGACGAUCCACCCUCGGCUCACGAUGUGUUCACACCGAAAAUCACCUGCAUCACCGGAAAUGAGGAAAUGAUGAGCGAGGGCGGUGACCAUGAAAGUUGGGACGACGAGAUGAUGAUGAACGAGAAUAACGAAACGCCACUGCCGGUGCUAUCAUACAUGUCCAAAGACGAGAACAUAUCCGACCAGGAAAAGAAAGCGCCUACCACUCCCUCGAAUUCCAACGCCACGAACCUAUCGAUCCCCGAGCAAUUCCGAGACGUCGUGAAGAUGAACGAUUACCUGACGACAGGACGCCGCCAAGAGUUCUGGGAGGAGCCGUUCACGCGACGCGUUAUGGAUGCCAUUAAGAGCAAAGAACUGGAAAUGAAGACUGCCGCCGAGAUACUUGGCGUGUCCUACGGAACCCUCUAUGGCAGAUAUCGCGACAGUUAUGGUUGCCUUAAACAUCCGUAUAGAGUAAGGGAUUUCUGGUCCGAGCCAGGCCCAGCGGAGGUGUUGGCGAAAUUACGAAGGAAAGAGAUCACGUUGUUCCGCGCGGCCGAGUUCCUCAAUGUGACCGUCCAUACGUUGGCCACCUAUCUGUCGACGCUUCAGGGUCCGGACAGAAUCUCGUUGGCCGGUGAUCUGAGCGUCGCGGCCAGCACGGUUGACGGUAACAACGAGGCAAUGGAGAACAACGAUUCGAUGAACGACAUCCUGCAGAAGAUCAACGCGAACGUCGCUACGACCACAGGGACACCGACCACAUCGACACCGAUCAAAAGGGAGGGCGGUGGUUACAUCGAGGUACCUACACCGGUACCAAAAGCUGCCACCUCUGUGCUGGAGAACAAUCCUGACAUAACGAUCGUCAAGACGGAGAACAUGCCUCGUAAACGGGAAUACACGAAAGUCUCCAACACGGAGAACAACAACGCGAAGCUGAUGAGCGGAGGCGCGGUUAGCGAGGUUACGCAACAGCAGCAGCAACAACAGCAACAGCCGAAGAUCACCGACCCGUUGUCGUUAAACAACGACAACAGCAAACCCUAACUAUUCAGGCCUUAUCUGCAACCGGCGAAUCCCCGUGCACCGAGCGCUAGCUACAGAUCCGACCUGUGCCCGCGCAGAUUCUAUUCGAACGUGUUUACCCGCUUUCUCACCAAUUUCCAUUUGAAAUAGAAGGUGGAAUCACGUGUUGUCCCGUGUAGAAAUUCUCUCGUCACCGUCAGCCAGAGCCCCUCGCUACCUGCCGAGAUACCUUUAGACAAUCUCGCGUCUUACAUCGUCCCGUGGCAUUGGCUGAAUCGUUGCAUCGUUGCAUCGUUGCAUCGUUGCAUCGUUGCAUCGAGACCAGAGGAUGAAACGCGUCGCCGUGACGAGUACCCGGUGGAUGAUCUAGAGGCUGAUAACCCACACGAGGACACCAGCGUCGGUACUUGGACGUUGAGCUGUGUCGAAUCCAGGAAUAAAGAAAAAGGGAGGGGUGAUCCGUUCAUUCCGAUCGGUGCCUUUGGAUCCGCCUGGAUUCUCCCGUUGCGCCACCACCGAUUCAUCGUCGGUCGUGUUGAACCACACAUAACAGGAACAGGAGAGAUAGAGUGCGUUUGUCCGAGCUAUAGAGAACAACUCCUUCGUAAUGUUAGUACCUAGCGAUAUACGGUUCUUCGUUACUUCAAAAUUGGUUCGCUUGAUCGAAACGAAACAGUGACUAAAAUUAAGUGGCAAAAAAAGAAAGGAAGAAGAAAUCAUGAAUGAUGAAGAGGAUGAAGAGAAAUCGUGUGUAAUAAAAAAAAAAAACAGUUCAAUCGAAGUUCCUUUUGAAUAACGAUGUAGGGUGUAUCGCGAAAAGAAUGCCUAGACUAUUUUCUGCCGCAUGUGUCUGUAUGGUAGCACGUAAAGAGCGACAAUAUUAUUCACCCGUAGACCCAUGGGUAUAGUGAUCCCAGAGUGACAAGUCCUUCGAGAGAUAGAUGUUUCUCGUGCGAUCGUCGUUUUUAAACAAACAAAGAAAUAAACGAAACGGAACACUUGCACUUCUGCAAACGGGAGCCUUAAAUCGUUCGAGCGUAUUAGGGACGUUUUACGCACGCGUUCGCCGACGAGAUUAUUAAUUUGUACUGUAUAUCUAUUAUUCGUUUAUUUUUUUUUUUUAUCGUGGCACGCUUUGCCAGUGUCGUAGGAUGUUCUCGCGAGGAAUCUUUAAACCGAAUCACUUUUGUGAAUCAUACGUGAAACGUUCAAAUUUUUGGAUUCUACGCGCGAACAAAAAGAAGGAACGGUACAAUUUUAUGUUCUUCUUAUUUUCUUUCUUCACGCUCACUGUCUUUAUCUCUUUUUCUUCUGUGUUUAUUGCACGUAGAGAUAUAUAUAUAUAUGUAUAUUUUAGAAACAUUAUUGAAUUUAUACGCGUGAACUUUCUUUCUCUUUCUCUUUCUUUCCUUUUUUUUAUACUUAGACGUUUUAUUAAGGAAAUUUUAUUUAAACGAUGAUUGCUGGAUAUCGAUGUCAAAGAUGAUCUAUCUCGAAACGAAGAUAUAUAUAUAUAUAUAUACACGCAUAAACGUCCAUUGUAAAUAUUGGUGCAAUAGUAAGACCUAAAAA